AUGGCCCCCAAGGCAGACGCCGCAGAGACGGCGGAGCUCGUCGAGCUCUUCAAGAAGAUCGGCCUCACCCAGUCCAAGGCCGCCGAGGCCGCGAAGAACCCGAAGGCCGCGACAACCCUCCGCGCCAUCGUCGACGGCCACAAGCUCGCCGACCAGCCCCCGGACGAGAAGCGGGCGGUGCUCCUCGCCGCGCUCGCAGUGCAGGGCGCGAAACUAUGCGACGCGGAGCGCGAGUAUGCUAUCGGCGCGGUUCUCGACGGCCGGCUCAAGUCGACGGAUCAGGUCUCCGAGGCGACGAAGUAUUUGGAGGCGAACCCUGCGCCUGUGGACGGCGCGAAGUUUGACGGCGCGUGCGGAGUUGGCUUCAUCAUCACGCCCGAGCAGCUCGCCGCGCGGGUGAAGGAGUACGUGUCUUCCGCGGCACUCACUGGUUGGAAUAAUUUGGGCGUCGCAAUCGGCGGCUUGAAGAACACCGACCUUCGCUGGGCAAACGCGCUCGAUCUCAAAAAGGCGGUAGAGGAUGCGUUCGUGGAGAAGUUUGGGGCGAAGGAGACCGCGAAGCCUAAGGGCAAGGAGCCCAAAAAGGAUGCGGGCUCCGCGAAGAAGGACGCUGAGGAAGUGUCCUCAUCCGAGGCGUCGAGCUCCCGCUCUGUCUUCUCGGAAGGCUUCCUCGGCGCGCUGCACAAGGUCGGAGGCAACCCCCAGAUCCACUCGUACCUCCGUGAACAGCACCUCGCAGCGACCAUGGGCAUCGUGCACAGUCGGUUCCCCCCUGAACCCAAUGGCUUCUUGCACAUCGGUCACUCGAAGGCCAUCUUCGUCAACUUCGGUUACGCGGCUCAUCACGGAGGCCAUUGCUAUCUGCGGUACGACGAUACCAACCCUCAGGCGGAGGAGGGCCGGUACUUUGAGAGCAUCUUGGAAACUGUGCGAUGGCUGGGAUUCGAGCCCUGGAAGAUCACCUACUCCAGCGACUACUUCGACAAGCUCCACGAACUCGCCGUGGAUCUUAUCCGGAGGGACAAGGGCUAUAUUUGUCACUGCACAGCUGAAGAGAUGAACGCCAACCGAGGCGGCGAUAACUUCGGCCCACGGAAAGAAUGUGUACAUCGGAAUAGGCCUAUUGAGGAAUCGCUGUCCGAGUUUGAGAAGAUGAAGAAUGGCCAGUACAAGAAGGGCGAGGCUGUCCUGCGCAUGAAGCAGGACAUGCAGUCCGGCAACACGAUGAUGUGGGAUCUGGUCGCCUAUCGCGUGGUGGACGCAGAGCAUCACCGGACAAAGGACAAGUGGAAGAUCUAUCCGACAUAUGAUUUCACUCACUGUCUUUGCGAUAGCUUCGAGAACAUCACACACUCGCUAUGUACAACCGAGUUCAUUGCAUCUCGCGAAUCAUACGAGUGGCUAUGUGAUGCUCUUGAGGUGUACAAACCUCGUCAGUCUGAGUACGGCCGUCUCAAUGUCACUGGGUCGGUCAUGUCAAAGCGGAAAAUCAAGCAGCUUGUAGAGGAAGGCCACGUCCUAGGAUGGGAUGAUCCGCGCCUAUACACUCUCAUCGCUCUUCGUCGUCGUGGAAUCCCUCCAGGGGCCAUCCUCUCCUUCGUCAGCUCCCUCGGUGUUUCAACAUCUGCAUCAAAUAUCCAGGCUGUCAGGUUCGAGCAGACGAUCAGACAGUACCUGGAGGGCGCGGUGUCUCGACUCCUUAUGGUUUUGCGGCCGAUCAAGGUGACCAUCGAGAACCUACCAGAGGACUUCCUCAUGUGGCUAGAGAAACCCCUCCACCCUAAAGUACCAGAACUAGGUUCUUCAAAGAUCCCACUAACGCGAACGAUCUACAUCGACGCGGACGACUUCCGGCUGGAAGACUCCAAGGACUACUUCCGUCUCGCUCCCGGCAAGACCGUCGGACUCUUCCAGGCGCCAUGGCCCAUCACACACGUCUCACACACGACGGACCCCGCCACUGGACAGGUGACGGGGAUCAUCGUACGCGCGGAGAACGAGGGCACGCCGAAGAAGCCCAAGGCCUUCAUUCAGUGGGUCGCGGAGCACGCGCCGUCAGGCAGUCCCGUCGUCGUCGACGAGACGCGCGUCUUCCACCAGCUCUUCAAGAGCGAGAACCCGGCUGCGGCGCCCGACUUUAUCGCGGACAUCAACAAGGACUCGCUUGAGGUCAUCAAAGGCGCGAUGGUCGAGGUCGGCUUCUGGGGGCUCGCGAAGCGAUCUUUUGCGGAGGCGCGCGCGGAGAGCAAGCGGCGGACGGACGAGGCACUGCGCAAGACGGCGGAGGCGGGCCCUGCGGUGUCGCCUCAUGAGGACGACGACACGCCGAAGGCGACGAGCGAGCAGCUGGUCGGGAUGGAGUGUGUGCGGUUCCAGGGUUUGCGCGUUGCGUACUUCGCGGUGGACAAGGACUCGAAGCUGGCGUGUCUGAAUGAGGCGGAGGGGGUAGAGGCAGGAAAGCGUGCGGGCGAUAUUGUAGUGUUGAACAGGAUCGUGAGCCUGAAAGAGGACUCGGGCAAAGCGGCCUGA